AUGCUGCAAAAGAAAGACUCUGAUAAGGAAAACACUUCCUAUAAUAACAAAGAUUCAUAAAAACAAAGGGUGAUUGGAGAUUACUUAUUAGUUAAAACUCUUGGGGUAGGUACUUUUGGUUUAGUAAAACUUGGAGUGCAUUAAAUAACUGGAGAGAAAGUGGCCAUUAAAAUAUUGGAGAAAGAGCGUAUUGUGGAGGUUGCAGAUGUAGAAAGAGUGUCAAGGGAGAUACAUAUUUUAAAAUUGAUUCGACAUAGACAUGUUAUCUAACUAUAUGAGAUAAUAGAAACAAAGAAGCAUAUAUUUCUGGUCAUGGAAUUUUGUGAUAAUGGUGAGCUUUUUGAUUACAUUGUGAAAAAUGAAAAACUAGAAGAAGUUGAAGCUUGUCGAAUAUUCUAGGAACUAAUCUCUGGCAUAGAAUAUAUUCACAAACUUAACAUCGUCCAUAGAGACUUAAAGCCAGAAAAUCUUUUAUUGGAUCAUUCAAAUCAAAUUAAAAUUGUAGAUUUUGGACUUUCUAAUACAUACAAAGAAGGUGAAUUACUUAAAACAGCCUGUGGAAGUCCUUGUUAUGCGGCGCCAGAGAUGAUUGCUGGUCAUAGAUAUCAAAGUAUCUUGGUUGAUAUUUGGUCAUGUGGUGUUAUUUUGUUUGCAACAAUUUGCGGUCAAUUGCCCUUCGAAGAUAAACAUACAAGCGAGUUAUACAAAAAGAUUCUUAAUGGAUAGUAUACAAUACCAUCACAUGUCUCAUAAGAUGGUUAAUCCUUUAUUAAAGGGUUAUUGAAUACUGAUCCCAAAAAAAGAUUUGACAUUGACUAAAUUAAAUCUCAUCCAUGGUUUAAAUUAUAUAAGAGAGUUCAUUCAAUACCAUAAGGAAUCAUCAUAGGAUAUAGUCGAAUUCCAAUUGAUGAGGACAUUGUUGAAUAACUCGCUCAAAAAGGAUAUAGCGCUGAUUAUAUUAAGAAAUGCCUUGAUGCUAAUAAACACAAUAAUCUAACCACAGCCUAUUUUCUACUCCUAAAAAAACAUUUGAUUAAAGGAGGCCAAUCAACAGCUGAUAUCAAUUCCUAAAAUUUCAAUGAAAAACUCUUAGAACCAGCUACUAGACCAUCGAAACCUCCCAUAAGCAAUUUAUUAGAUAGUUAAUUAAUGAAAACAUUAAAGCACAAUAGAUCAGGAUCAUGUCAAACUAAUUAAAAAUCACACACUUAAGGAAGAGGAAUGUCUGUCCCUUAAGUCGAGGAUAUCAGAUCAAUCUAUAAUGGAUCAAAAAAUUAUCAGAAUUCUUCAUUAUCAAUCGAAGAUCAGUCCUUUUUAUUUGAAAGAAAUAAAUCUUUAUCUUUCCAAUAGAAUAACCAUAAGAAAAUUCCUACUGAUAUAUAAAUCAAUGAUGUCUUAAAUAAAACAACUUACGUAAAUACAAGUAAGAGAUCUUCUAAUGCUUCGACUGUGUCCCCUGGACAUUAAAAUAAAUUGCUUUAAUAUUUGAAAUCUUCAACAAAAAACACUACUCCCACAGCAGUUAGGGGGAAUUCUUAAUCGAAAAUGCCAUAUAAUACUAAAACUACUAAAAACCAAAAAGUUUCCUAUACAAAUUUCGAUAAUAAUAAUAAUUCUAUGUUGGAAAAAAAGAAAGAAAAUAAACCAAUAAAUUUAGCUGACUCUACUAACAUUGAAAGCAAAAAAAGAUCUUUGCAUAUAGAAGGAGAUCUCUCAAUGCCUGCAAGUACUAAACCAUAAUCAAUGCCAUAUCAAUUAUGGCUAAAGAUGAAUAGCAGAAAAGGAUCAAGAGAUUAUAGCAGUGGAGGAUCUAAGACAAAAAAAUCUAAUGGCAGUGGUAAAACUAAUAUGAAUCAGAGCUUUAACUUUGAUAAGAGAGCGUGA